CACUAAAAGGAACACACAAGUCAGUAAUAUGUGGCGGAUGGGAGGCGGCAGCACGAGUUCGCAGCGGUUCAGUCUUUGACGUAAAUUUAUUACAGAAACUACAAGAUGCCGAAGAAAAAGACAGGCCAAAGAAAGAAGGCUGAAAAGCAAAAGGCCCGACAGAAAGAGUUGAGAAAGGGUCGCGCCAAUCGUUCUCUGGCUGAUCUUCCUUGUAACUCAAUGAUGGAAUGUGAUAGAUGUGAAAGGCGUCAAAAGAACCGCGCAUUUUGCUACUUUUGUCAGUCUGUCCAGCGCUUACCACAAUGUGCACAUUGUGGUAAAGUGAAGUGCAUGCUCAAAACAGGAGACUGUGUAGUGAAACACCCUGGUACAUACACCACAGGCCUUGGAAUGGUGGGAGCUAUCUGUGACUUCUGCGAGGCGUGGAUAUGUCAUGGACGCAAGUGUCUCCAGACCCAUCCCUGCACGUGUCCACUUGUCGAUGCCACGUGUAUAGAAUGUGAACGAGAUGUUUGGAGUCAUGGUGGCCGAAUCUUCCGUUGUCAUUACUGUCAGAAUUUCUUGUGUGAUGAUGACCAGUUUGAGCACCAAGCUUCGUGCCAAGUAUUAGAGCAAGAAUCCUAUAAAUGCUUGUCUUGCAAUCGUCAUGGACAGUACUCGUGUCUUCGGUGCAAGACUUGUUAUUGUGAAGAACAUGUGCGGAGGAAAGGCUUCAAGUAUGAUAACAAGCAGAAGAUUCCCUGUCCCAAAUGUGGUUAUGAUACUGAGGAAACUAAGGAACUCAGCAUGUCAACUCGCACCCACAAGUUUGGGCGGCAACAACUGGGAGACGGUCCUGAUGAUGACUAUGAAGAAGGUGCAGUAGGAUACGGCAAUAGCUAUGAUGACUAUGAUGAUGACUAUGAUGAUGAUGAUGAUGAUGACGAUGAAGAAGGUGAUGAGGAUGACUCUGAGGAGGAGGAGGAAGAAGUUGAAGAGGAGAAAAGCAAAUGAAGGGAAAAAGUUGCUUGCUGAAGAGAAGUGCAGUAGACUCGGCCGAAGAAUUUAUUAGGUAACGUUUAACUUUCAAGCAAGAAAUAUGGUGUAUGGAAGCGGUAGCCUUGGAGAUAUUGUAUGUAUUUAAUUAGUUUUCCUUAGAAUAUUAAUUCUAACUUUGUUUACAUAUGAAAAGUUAAAUGUAAUGCUGUUUGAUCCUAUAGAUUUUUACGACAACAUUUUGCAAUAAAUAAUGGGUAAAAUAUACAGAUAUGUAUACAGUACUGUAAUUAUAAAUCUGUCAAUUAUUUAAAAUUUGAUUGAUAUCAUUGUACUGUAUUUAUAGAAUUUAAGUGAUGUAAUGAAAGAUGACAUUAUUAUUAAUACGGAAAAUAUUUAUUAAUACAUGUAAAAAUCUAUUUUUCUAUGAAUGGAACUAAGAAACUAUAAUAUCCAGAUUUUCUGUAUGUAUGAUACUGUACCGUAAUUAGUUGUAAUACAUAGAAGUUGCAUUUUCUUUGGGUUUUGUAUAUAGAAUUGCUAUUAUUUAUAAAAUUCACAUAUAAAUUUAAAAUAAAUUAAUAAGCAGGACUUUUGUGAACUCUUAUAAAUGUUAACAGACAACGUAGAGAUACAGUACAUACUGUAUACUAAUAAGCUUAUAUAACUGAUAAAGGGUUAUUUCUAUUUUACAACUUCAUUAUUUUUAUUGUUUUGACAUAUUGUAUUUAAUCAAAAGAAACCAAAUGGGCUGAAGACCAUAAAGAAUACAUCCAUGGCUUAUUGUGCAUAGGUUUUCUGUCCUGUACUUUAAGUGCAAAUGAUGGCACAUGAUUAGUGUAUAGACCAAUUUAUGAGAGUAGCAUUCAACUCUUAUUUAUUUAAUAUGAUGGCCAGAGUUCUGUUGAUGCUUGAGCAGAUGCCGUGUGUUUCUUGAUGCAUGCCUUAACUAGCAUUGUAAUUCAUUAGACGAUUGUGUUUGUUUAUAAAUAAAUGGUUCAAAGAUU